AUGAACAACAAAACUUUCAUCACCCAAUUCCUUCUCUUGGGCCUGCCUAUUUCCCCAGAGUAUGAACACCUGUUCUAUGCCAUGUUCCUGGUCAUGUACCUCACCACUGUCUUGGGAAAUUUGCUAAUCAUUGUACUUGUUCAACUGGAUCCCCAUCUCCACACACCAAUGUACUUGUUUCUCAGCAACUUGUCCUUCUCUGAUCUAUGUUUUUCCUCUGUCACAAUGCCCAAAAUGCUGCAGAACAUGCAGAACCAGGAUCCAUCCAUCCCGUAUGGAGGCUGCCUGGCACAAAUAUACUUCCUUAUGGCUUUUGGAGAUAUGGAGAGUUUCCUUCUUGUGGCCAUGGCCUAUGACCGCUAUGUGGCCAUCUGCUUCCCUCUGCAUUACACCAGCAUCAUGAGCCCCAAGUUCUGUACUUGUCUAGUGUUGUUAUUGUGGAUGCUGACGACAUCCCAUGCCAUGAUGCACACACUUCUUGCAGCAAGAUUGUCUUUUUGUAAGAACAAUGUGAUCCUCAACUUUUUCUGUGACCUAUUUGCUCUUCUAAAGCUGGCCUGCUCAGACACUUAUAUUAAUGAUUUGAUGAUACUUAUCAUGGGAGGGCUCAUCUUUAUUAUUCCAUUCCUCCUAAUUUUUAUGUCCUAUGUACAAAUCAUCUCCUCCAUUCUUAAGGUUCCAUCUACACAAGGCAUCUACAAAGUCUUUUCCACCUGUGGUUCCCAUCUGUCUGUGGUAUCUUUGUUCUAUGGGACAAUCAUUGGUCUCUACUUAUGUCCAUCAGGUAAUAAUUCUACUGUGAAGGAGAUUGUCAUGGCUAUGAUGUACACGGUGGUGACCCCAAUGCUGAACCCCUUCAUCUACAGCCUGAGGAACAGAGACAUGAAGAGGGCCCUAAUAAGAGUCAUCUGCAGUAAGAAAAUAUCUCUGAAUUAG